AAGGGCUGCUGGUCCGGGCGAUUCCGCUGGAACCAGGCGAGCGCCGCGGCCGAAACAUGUGGCGACCGUGUCAGCUGUGCCCCUUUCACUCUGCCUUGCUGCCGAGCAGGAUACCCUGGCCACCACCUGCCUUGUUCUUCAGGAGGAACAUGAGGGUCUCGCCUACAAGCUCUAGGCACCCCAUGCCUCUGUGGAAGAAGGCGACAGCUGCCACAGUGGUGGCCGUGCCCCUGCUCCUUGGUGCCCACUACCUCAUGGCUGAGACGCAGGAGAAACGGAGGAUGCGGCUCGUGAUGGAAGGUGUCGGGCGCUUCAGCAGGUCCCUGUACAUCGGCCUGCAGAUCUCCCUGGACUACUGGUGGUGCAGUAACAUCCUCCUGCAGGGUGUGGAUGAGAACAGCCCGAGGUACCUGGAGGUGAUGUCUGCAUGUCACCAGCGGGCAGCUGAUGCCCUGGUGGCCGGGGCCAUCAGAAACGGGGGCCUCUACAUCAAGCUGGGCCAGGGGCUAUGCUCCUUCAACCACCUGCUGCCUGCUGAAUACAUCAAGACCCUCCGUGUGCUGGAGGACCGGGCCCUCCCACAGGGCUUGCAGGAGGUGGAUGAGCUGUUCCUUGAGGAUUUCCAGGCGCCCGCCCACAAGGUCUUCCGGGAAUUUGACUACCACCCAUUGGCGGCAGCAAGCCUGGCCCAGGUGCACAAGGCCCGACUGCAGGACGGCACUGCUGUGGCCGUGAAGGUGCAGUACCUCGACCUGCGGGACCGCUUUGAUGGCGACAUCUACACGCUGGAGUUGUUGCUGCGCAUUGUGGAGAUCAUGCACCCCAGCUUUGGCUUCAGCUGGGUCCUCCAGGACCUGAAGGGGACGUUGGCACAGGAGCUGGACUUUGAGAAUGAAGGCCGCAACGCGGAGCGCUGUGCAAAGGACCUGCAGCACUUCAGCUAUGUUGUGGUGCCCCGCGUACACUGGGACAAGACCAGCAAGGUGGGUAGGAUGGGGGGGGACCGCUCGGCACUGUGCCAGCUGUGGCGUGCUAUCAUCCUGAGGGACAGCGCAGCGAUGAAGGCGCACGCUGCGGCACUUGGCGCACCAGACCACCUCCUGUUCUGCGAGGUGCUGAUGCAGAGGCCUGUGCGGCUGGGCCAGCUGUGGCGCUCCCACCUGCUGAGCCGGGAGGAGCUGGCCUACAUGCAGGAAAUGGCCCGAGAGCACUUUGAGGACAUCAUGCGCCUGCUCAAGGCCCUGCCGCGCCCCAUGCUGCUCGUGCUGCGCAACAUCAACACUGUGCGGGCCAUCAACGCCACCCUCGGGGCCCCCGUUGACCGCUAUUUCCUCAUGGCCAAGAGUGCUGUCAACGGCUGGAGCCGCCUGGUGGGCGCCUCGUAUCAGGGCAUCUACCAUGUAGGCCUCCUGCGCAGAAUCAAGGUGAUAUGGGAGAUGCUCAAAUUCGAAGUGGCCCUGAGGCUGGAGAUCAUCCUGAUGCGGCUCACCGCCCUGGUAGUCCGCAGUCUCGUCAAGCUAGGCCUCAUGGCCGAGCCAGAGGGUCUCUACGAGUACCUGGAGACUUAGGUGCCCGCCCCCCGAGCAGCACAGAGGACCAAGGACACUGCGGCUGCUCCCCCCAUGCCCUCUCCACGGCCAUUGGAGCUGUGCCCCAGGCUAACGACGCAGAUGCUCAGACGCACAGGAUGGCUGGAGCAAGGGCAGCCUUGGGGGGACGAAAGGGAGGGCAGGAUCGGGAGGCCUGCAAUGACCACACCUUUUCAAACAAAUUUUCAAAAACCAA